AUGUCUAACAAGAUCUUAUCUCAAGCUCCAACUGAAUUGGAAUUGCAAUUCGCUAAGGCCUUCACUGACUUGGAAAACUCUUCUCCAGAAUUAAAGGCUGAAUUAAGACCAUUACAAUUCAAGUCCGUUAGAGAAAUUGAUGUUGCUGGUGGUAAGAAAGCUUUGAUUGUCUUUGUCCCAGUUCCUUCCUUGGCUGGUUACCACAAGGUUCAAACCAAGUUGACCCGUGAAUUAGAAAAGAAAUUCCCAGACCGUCAUGUCAUUUUCUUAGCUGAAAGAAGAAUCUUACCAAAGCCAUCUAGAGGUUCCAGACAACAACAAAAGAGACCAAGAUCUAGAACUUUAACCUCUGUCCACGACAAGAUUUUAGAAGACAUGGUUUUCCCAACUGAAAUCGUCGGUAAGAGAGUUAGAUACUUAGUUGGUGGUAACAAAAUCCAAAAGGUUUUGUUAGACUCCAAGGACAUUCAACAAAUUGAUUACAAAUUGGAAUCUUUCCAAGCUGUCUACAACAAGUUGACUGGUAAGCAAAUUGUUUUCGAAAUUCCAUCUGAAACUCACUAA